CCCCCGGGCGAGGUCAUCCAGCCCCUGCCAAUCCAGGCGUCCAGGACCCGGCGGAACAUCGACGCCAGCCACUGAUGGACGACGCAGAGGGCGAGCAGUACAUGGACUAUGCGGACGGCAUGGAGGAGAUCUUCGGCUCGCUCAACUCCCUGAAGCUGGAGAUUGAGCAGAUGAAGCGGCCGCUGGCACGCGCAGACCCCCCGCGCCACUGCAAAGACCUCCAGCUCUGCCACCCCGACUUCCCCGAUGGCGAAUACUGGGUGGAUCCGAACCAAGGCUGCUCCCGGGACUCCUUCAAGGUCUACUGGCAACUUCACGGCCGGGGGCUCGACGUGCGUCUUCCCCGACAAGAAGUCCGAGGGGGCCAGAAUCACUUCUUGGCCCAAAGAAAACCCGGGUUCCUGGUUCAGUGAGUUCAAGCGUGGCAAACUGCUCUCCUACGUGGACGCCGAGGGCAACCCUGUGGGCGUGGUCCAGAUGACCUUCCUGCGGCUGCUCAGUGCCUCCGCCCACCAGAACAUCACCUACAACUGCUACCAGUCGGUGGCCUGGCAGGACGCCGCCACGGGCAGCUACGACAAGGCCAUGCGCUUCCUGGGCUCCAACGACGAGGAGAUGUCGUAUGACAACAGCCCCUACAUCCGCGCCCUGGUGGACGGCUGUGCCACGAAGAAAGGGUAUCAGAAGACGGUUCUGGAGAUCGACACGCCCAAGGUGGAGCAGGUGCCCAUCGUCGACAUUAUGUUCAACGACUUCGGGGAAGCGUCACAGAAAUUCGGAUUUGAAGUGGGGCCGGCUUGCUUCCUGGGCUAGGAGCCGCGAGCCCGGCCCCAAGAGCAACCUCGUGACCUCAGCGCGCCGCCUGCGGGCGUCCGGACAGUGAGGGCCCCUCGCCCCUCGCCCCGCGCCGGGCCCGCCCCCGCACGAGAGCAAAGGGAAAGAGCCGCGUCCGCGCCCCCACCCUGGAGCCGAAUCACAUGACCUAGACGCCCUGCAGCCGCCCGCUUCCGGCAGCCCCGUCCCUGCGACGCCGCGCUCCCUGGGCAGGGAGCGGGGCCCACGGGCCUUGCCCCCAGCCCGUGGAUGGUCUUCACGGAGAGGGGCAGGGCUGCCGUAUUUGGAGAUCACUCCUUAAAAAAAAUAAAAUCAACUUGAAGAUGUGUAUUUUCCCCUGACCUUCAAACCUUGUUCCGAGGCCAGCCUUGUACAGGUCACCCCGCCCUCCAGAGCCUCCGUUUUUAACAAGAUCCAUUCACAGGCCAAAUGGCAUCCUGUGUGUGCCUUUGCGAUGGAUUAAAGGUGCUUCUGUUUCUGUGAGUUUUAAGUAAAUAUCUGUAUCGUAUUGUCAUACAUGCUCAGUGUCCCUGACUUUCAGUCAUGCCUGUGAACCCCCGCAGUCCCCCUGGGACCCCCGCCCGCUCCAGGACGCGUGAUGAAUUGGGAAUUUGCCAAAGGCAGCCAGCAUUCACUCUGCCGUCGCCAAGCAGGUGCCAGUGCCCCUUUCAGACAAGCCUUUGAUUAGCUCUGGAUUUUUUUUUAAACGGAGAGAGAAAGAAAAAAGGAUUUUAUACUCUGUCUUCUCCACAUGCACUUAGGCUUAAAUUAAUUUUAAUUGCUUCCUUUUUCCAUGUUUCUUCCUGCAGAGCCUGAUGGGAGAAUGUCCAGGGCAGGGAAACCGCAUUUUCUGUCGAUGAUAAUUCAAUGAAAAUUGGUGCUUAUGUUUACACUCUUUUGUGGUGCUAUGUGUUAAGAUCUCCUUGAAGGUGACCCUGGGGCUGCCCGCUGGGCCUCGUUCCCCAUCUCUCUCCCUCCUGGCUCUCGCCGCCACCAUCUAGGUUUUUGCCACCUGCCCUCCGGUAGCCCUGCCCUCCUCCCAGACAGCAGCGACGCCGCUCCAGGCGGGGUACCACUCUUAGGCUGUGCGUCUGUGAUCGGAAGACACACACACAACACGCGGACGCGUCCCGCGUGACCCACAGUGAAACGAUGGCAGAUCGUAUUCAGUUGCCGAAUGUUUGUGGUGCUAACUUCUGCAUUGUCGUUGUUGUUGUUUGCAAGAACUGAGUUGAGGCAGCACGUGGCCUUCAGCGGGGCUGCCCUCCGUGUGGCCUCGGCAGACAGACAAAUGUGCAAUGAACUCAGUGAGUCCCGCCGGGGUCGCCAGCUGUGCCUUAUCCCCGUGCAAGCAAUUUGGACUUCCUUCUGCAAAUGUGUUGGGCGUGGGUCUCAGCUGCUUGGGUGCUCGGGCCAGCCAGGCUCCGUCCGGCACUGGCCCUCCUCACCGCGCGAGGGCGAGGACUUGCUGGGCUGGCAGGAAAGGCGAUCCCUUUACUGUGAAAAGCUGCCCUCGUGCAAUGCCCUUUCCUGCCAGGAUGGGAGAAGCGAGACGGGCCCUCGGGCCCUGUGCAGCCCCCUCAGGAGGAGUUGUGACAGGUCCCAGCCCUGGUGCUGUUCUCCGCCCACCCUGCCCCAUCGGACCAUGGUUCCAGCUUAGGAAACUGCAGCAGAGCAUCCCAGGAGUAACAACACCCACCACCACCACCACCACGAAGAGGUUCCCAAAUCCCCUAGAAAUUGAGUCUUGCUCUUGCCAAAGAAAAGUCUGGCUUUGAGAUUCUUCCGCACCCAGGAUGCCAGCGUCCGUGCCUUCAUCUCUUCAAAGGAAAAGCCAUAUCGGGUCGUUGCCACAGGGCGCCCUGUGGGCUUUGUCUAGGUCAUGUGAUUCCAUUUUGAUUUCUCAUCCCACCAAGUUCUCCUGUCAAUCUGUCCUCCGUUGGCCCCUUCAAAGCUGUUGUAAUUUGUACUGAGUCAAAACAUGUCCCGUUCUCCCCAGACCACUCAGCUAUGAUAUAUUGCAAUAAAAAUACUUCUUAUAUUUGCAGAAA